UAAUGAUAACGCUAGUAAAACUUAACCUAAAUCGCAUCAAUCAGCUGCAAAACGUGUCUCGUGUCCAGAGGUAGACAGUAUUACAAUUCAUUUCUUUGCCGAUUUGUCGAUUGGCAACCAAUUCCUGUAGUGACAUAUAUUUAUUCCCUUAAAGUGACGUUAAUCGCAAUUAGAGGUUUGUGUAGAAAGAGAUAAAUUGUCAUCCACAAAGCUCUCGGAACGCAAGUUUCCUCUGUCAGACUCCGGACAAUGGACAUCGGACAUCAGACACGCGAUUCGAAUCUAUUCAUAAUUGAACUGCGAACGUUAACGCUAACACGUGCGAGACUAAAGCGCCGAGGCAUAAUCAAGCGUAAUGAUCUCUUUAGCUCAAUAGAAUGGGUAUAGUUUCCAGUACAAAAAGGACCAUCAUGCCGUCGACGCGAGACUUCGUCAAAGAAUUGAUCGCCAAGGACUCGAUCGUCAUAUUCUCCAAGACGUACUGUCCGUACUGUAAAAUGGCCAAGGAGGUGUUUGACUCGUUACAGAAGUCGUACACAGCGAUAGAGUUAGACGAUAGAGAGGAUGCGCAGGAAAUACAAGAUGUGCUGGGUGAAAUAACUGGUGCCAGGACAGUGCCCAGAGUAUUCCUCAACGGAGAGUGUUUAGGAGGCGGUACCGACGUAAAGAAAUUGUUACAAAGUGGCGAACUUGUAAAAAAAUUUUAAAUUUCCAUUGUCGAUGUGUCUUGUGAUAAAUUUUAAAAAUAAUUUGUUCGUAUAACAAGGAACAAAUUAUUCUAACAAUAAAUCAUAUAUACAUAUCUAUAUCUAUGCUGACUUAAAAUAGAAAAGCAGAUACCUUUU